AUGACGUGUCACAAGGCUCAUGAUGUGGCGAAGUGGGGGAAUGAACUGGCUGAAAACCAGAACCUUCUCGCCCACCUGACCCGACAGCUGGAUCAGCUUAAUCAGAAAACGUGCCUUCACUCCAGCAUCCGGGUCGGACUCGAGCCCCUCCAGCAUCCUCUUGUGAUUCGAGAAUUUUCUUCUUCUGGCAACCAGCGACGGGUGGACCGAGAUGAGGGAUGUCAGGUGAUCCUGACCGAGAAAAUUUUCAGAUCGAGAUAUCUCCCCGAGCAGCUCCUUCUGCAGGAUGAGGCAGUCCUUCAAUCCGGGGAGAUUCUUCUCGAGUAUGCUGCCUUGGUACGUGUGGACAAAAGGCUCCAUCUCCAAUCGCAGCUUCUUCAGAUCAUCCGGAUCCAACCAAUCGUUGACCAACAACUUGCGCUUCCUGGCAAAACUGGGAUUGACCAAACAGAAGGUGUUGUGAAGCUCAGUGAAGUUGUUCUGGAAUGGGGUUCCGGAUAA